CAGGGCGACGCAACAUUCAAAAGCUCUACAAGCGGCAUGUCCAAAGCACUGGAGAACUCUGGCUCAAAGCCUGGAGCCUCCCUGUCGACGACCAGCACUUCUGGCCGCGAUGCAGUGUCAGAGAACGCGCGUGAUGCUACGUUAAGAGGCCGUGUCGAUGCCCUGAUGAAAGAGAACCGGUUACUGGGCCGGCUGCUGCAGGACCUCCAGGCUAAGCUUGAGUGCUCAGAGUCAGAGGUUGUCAGCCUUGACACGGAGCUGGGCAAGCGCGAAAGUGACCUGCUGAGGAUGGGGGAGCAGCUGACGCAGUGCAAGCAGGAGGCUCAAGACGCGCACUUGCAGCUUGGCAGUUGCCGGGCGCACGCCACCGAGUUGGAGCAGCAGCUGGUGGACGUGAGCGGCCGACUGGCGGACAAGGAGGCCUCGUGCGAGGCUCUGCAGCGGCGGCUGGCACAGGCGGAGGGCGAGCUACGGAGGCUGCGUGACAGCAGCGUCAGUGGGCAGGACGUCAGCCAGCAGCUGCAGCGGGUGGAGUCCCUGUAUCGGGCCCGUGUGGAGGCGCUGCAGCGCGAGGCGGCCGAGCAGCUGGCGGCGCAGGACGCAGCGGCGCGGCAGCGGCUAGCGGAGGCGCAGGCAGCCACGGCGGCGGCUCUGGCACGCGUGAAGCGCGGCGCGCUGCAUGAGGUGCAGCGGGCGGAGGCGUUCCUGGAGUCGCGGGUGCGCGAUCAGAACCGCGUGCUGGAGCAGCUGCAGAAGCGCUGCCUGGCGCUGGAGGCGAGGGCGGCGGACCUGAAGCCACUGGCGGCGGCGGCGGCCGCGGCGCGGCAGCGAGCAGCGGAGCUGGAGGACUUGCUGGCAGCAGCAGAGGAGGAGGCCGCGGCGGGGGCAGGCGCUGGGUGCUGUGGCUCAUGUUGUCGCUGCUGUUGCGGCAGCGCCGGUUGUGGUGGUGGCGGCGCCCGCGGUGGAGACGGCCUGCGGCAGGAGGUCACGGAGCUGCAGAAGCGAAUUGUGGGCCUGCGCUCGGACGCGCUGCGGGACUGCGAGGUGGUGGUGCGGCUGCAGACCGACCUGGUGGCGGCGCAGCAGGCCAGCGUGGCGGCGGCGGAGCGGGCGGAGGCGGUGGAGGCGGCCUGCCAGUCGCUGCGUGCGGAGAAUGUUGCGCUGCGGAGACGGCUGCUGACCUCCAGCGGCCGGAGUGACGAGGCCUCCGGCGGGAGCGCCAGCAGCAACACUGGAGACAGGGAGCGGGCGGCAGCACAGGCGACGGCGCUGGCUGCAGUUGAGGCGGAGGCGGCGUGCGCUGAGGCGCUGCGGUCGGCACAGCGCGAGGCGGCGGCGGCGCAGCGGGCGCUGCUGGCGCAGGUGCGGCGCAUGCACACGCUCGAGUCCAUGCGCCUGGCGGACGUGCGGGAGAUGCACCGGCUGGAGCGCAAGGUGGCGUCGCUGAUGCCCGGCUAUUAAAUGUGUGGAUGAGCUGUAUUGUGAUAAUACUGCACGCGGGUUUCCAGGGUGGAUGCACAGGAGCCUGGGACUGGCGGAGGUGUUGGACUGGAUGGGGUACAUCUCGCAUGGAACUCGGUCACACCAUCCUAGACGACAUUUG